UUCCCAUGCCAGGGCAAGGCUACCUAUAGCUCAGCCCUCCAACAGACACAGCCUCAGAUCCCGGCAGCAGCCUUGAGCACUGGAUCAGGAGCAAUAAAUUGACAUCUGGUUGACAGCAAGCUCAGAAGCUCUGUGUGGUACAGAGAAAGGACAGCCAUGUCUCACGGGUUUUCUGAGGAGCAGGUGCAGGAGUUCCAUGCAGCCUUUGAUAGUGUUGACAAGAACAAAGAUGGCAAAAUCAGCAAGGAGGAGCUGGGUGAUGUGAUGAAAAAGAUGGGCAAGCACCCCACAGAGGAAGAACUGAAGAUGCUCAUCUCCAAGCUGGACUCAGAUGGUGACGGUGCCAUCAACUUUGAAGAAUUCCUGGCGGCAAUGGAGAAGUUUAAGAAGGGGAGCACAGAGCAGGAGAUGCGGGCUGUGUUCAGUGUCUUUGACCAGAAUGGUGAUGGGCACAUCACCUUGGACGAGCUCAAGCAGGCCAUGGCCCAGCUGGGAGAGAAGCUUUCAGAUGAGGAGCUGAAUGCCAUGAUCCGUGAGGCCGAUGUAAACGAGGAUGGGAAGGUGAACUAUGAGGAGUUUGUGCGCAUCCUCACUGAGAAGUGAGACUGCCAGCGUGCAAGCUCCACCCAGUCUCUUAUCUGCCUGACUCUGGCCUGGGAUGAACCCCUGUGCCUUCUUGUCGGGUUCUGCUUUUGUGGUAGGGUUAUAAAGAAGUCUGUGUUGGUGUAUGGGAAACUACCUCAUAAAUGAGGAAGACUUUACUAGUUCUAGAUGCUGUGCCAUCUGGGGCUGCCCACUAGUCCCCUUUCUGCCUGCUGAGACUCUGGGCAAAGGAUGAUCUCCUUGGGUUGGCUUUUCCUCUUUCUCUUGCUGUGGAAUGGGUGCUUCCUAUCUCCCAGGGCUCUUGUAAUGGUUUAAAUAAAAGGAAUGCGAAUUCUG